AUGGACGCCAACAGUUCUGGCCGGAGCUCUGACUCCAGCAUUGCGGCCGCUGGAACAGGCAUCCUGCCUCCACCGCCAGUGUUCAAGCCCACGUUUGUCCAGAUGCAAAGAAGCAGCUCCUCGUGCAACAUCUCGCCCACAGGGUCUGCGAGCACGUCCCCGAAAAUGAGCGGCUCCAGCAACUCCAGCUACCUGACCUCGUCGUUUGUGUCGAACGACGAGUACAAGAACCGGCUGAUUCGCCAGUCGCCGUCUAUCUCGCCUAUGAUGUACGCCGUCGACGCGCCGUCGCCAGGACCGACCAGCCCGGCGCAGAGCAACAGCAGAAAGCGGCGCAAGUCGUCGGUCACCAGCAAAGAGGACAUGGAGCGCAAGAAAAAAGAGCUCAGGAACCAGCACUCGAUCAUCGAAAAGAAGCGGCGCAUCAAGAUGAACAGGGAGUUCGAGGCCCUCAAGUUCCUCGUGCCUGCGUGCCGGCUCAACAUUCUGAGUGGUCUCAACGAGAACAACUUCGACAACUCCAACAUGAUGCACAAGCUGACGAUUCUGCAGAGCACGGUGGAAUAUAUUAAAUAUCUGCAUCUCGUGAUCAAGCUGCUGAAGCUGCAGAUGCUCACACCGGCAAGCACGCGCUCGUACUUCCAGAACUGGCUCGCAAAGAACGAUAAUCUCAAGUUUGUGGACUUCGAUCUCGACCUGCAGUCCUAUAGAAAAAUAGACAACGACUUCAGCUUCGAGGACGCGUUCACGCGGGUCUGGAGAAACAACGGCGACAUGCCGUUCGAGGACCUCGACGCGGUCUCAAGGGAGAUAGAAUCUCUGCUCAAUCAGGACUCCGACGACAAGGAGGCUCCGGUUGACUUGCCAGACAUACGAAACUUAUCGGAUCAGCUACCGACACAGCUUCCGAGCCCUAUUGUUACCCCCGACAUCGGCCGCAGUGGACUGCCUUCGUGUGUGCGUCCUGUUUCCUCGCUUUUGACAUCAGAACGUACCCAGGUCUCGUCAAACGCUAAAUUCAAGCUACCCCUGCCGGCGAUCGUGGACGAGAAGCUGGCUACUAUAAGCAGGACUGAGGACGAGAUGGGCGAGCUGAACGCGUCGAGAGUGUUGAUGCUGCUGAAGAGCGACGAGAAACGAACGAGUAUUGAGAGUCUACUGAAUUAG